CCGAUCUGUGUUUUUUGCCUAAACCACUUUAACUAGAGGGCAAGAAGAUUUAGCAGAGGAUACCAGAAGGUCAUCUUUUGCUGUGUUUACAGAUGAUCAUCCACUGAGGCACCUGAUCAUGGAGUCACCCAUCAACACUUCCCCCGAUUCAGUGGGAAUUCCAGCACCUGAGGCAGCCUUGCCCUUCUACGAUGCCUCCCAUGCCUUGCACUUGCUACGGGGUAUCAAUGAGCUCAGAUCUGAACAGAAAUUCUUUGACAUGACCGUGAGCGCAGGCGGACAGGAUUUCCCUUGCCACAGGACUGUUCUGGCUGCUGCCAGCAACUACUUCCGAGCCAUGUUUGCUGGGCGGCUACGGGAGAGCCAUGCGGACCGGGUUGAACUUCAUGAUGUGUCUGGUCCCAUCCUUUCCCUACUGCUGGACUUUUGCUACACAGGCAGAGUCACAGUCACACUGGAGAAUGUGGAGCCCCUGCUUCAGGCUGCAGACCUUUUUCAGUUCCCAUCAGUAAAGCAGGCGUGUUGCGCCUACCUAGAACAGCAGCUGGACGUCUCUAACUGUCUGGAGAUCCAGGACUUUGCAGAAGCCUAUGCUUGCCAGGGCCUGGCAGAGAGUACCAAACGUUUCAUUCUGGGGCAUAUAGCCCAGCUGGCACAGGCCCAUGAGGUGGAGCGGCUCACCUUUAAGCGAAUGCUGGAGUAUAUCAGUGAUGACAGGCUAUGUGUGGAUAAAGAGGAAUCUGCCUUCCAGAUAGCCUUGCAGUGGGUAAAGGCUGACCCCAAGCACCGGCAGUACCGCUGGCCAGAGCUCUUCCAAUACCUUCGACUGCCAUUCAUACGGCGCUUCUACCUGCUGGCUUAUGUAGAAAGCGACCCACUGGUGUUCCGAAGUCCGUACUGCCUACAGCUAAUCAGAGAAGCCCGGGCUUUCCAGUCCUCUGAAUAUGACCGUCAUGAUUGGCUAUGCCAUCGCAUGAAGCCGCGGCCCUCUACUGGCCUUGCAGAAAUCCUAGUAGUAGUGGGGGGUUGUGACCAAGAAUGUGAUGAGUUGGUCACUGUGGAUUGCUACAACCCACAAACCGGCCAGUGGAGAUACCUGGCUGAGUUCCCCGACCACCUUGGGGGAGGCUACAGCAUUGCAGCUCUGGGUAACGAUAUAUAUGUGACAGGAGGAUCUGACGGAUCAAGACUUUAUGACUGUGUAUGGCGCUACAACUCCAGUGUAAAUGAAUGGACUGAAGUAUCGCCAAUGCUGAAAGCACGGGAAUAUCACAGCUCAACUGUGCUCAAUGGGCUUCUCUAUGUGAUUGCUUCAGACAGCACUGAGCGUUAUGACCCGACCAUGGACACAUGGGAGUCUCUGCAUCCUAUGCUUUACCCAAUGGAUAACUGCUCAACAACAUCCUGUAGGAAAAAACUGUAUGCGAUUGGCUCUUUAGAAGGCCAAGAAAGUAUGGUCAUGCAGUGCUAUAAUCCUGACACUAAUGUAUGGGCCAUGGUGAACUGUGGCCAGCUCCCACCAUGGUCUUUUGCACCCAAGACAGUGACACUAAAUGGCUUGAUCUAUUUUGUAAGAGAUGAUUCGCCGGAAGUAGACGUGUAUAAUCCAUCAAAGAACGAAUGGGACAAGAUUCCACCAAUGAUACAGGUUCAUGUUGGAGGGAGCCUGGCAGCGCUGGGGGGGAAGCUUUAUGUGUCUGGUGGAUAUGACAAUACAUUCGAACUCUCCGACGUCGUGGAAGCCUUUGACCCCGAAACAAGAUCAUGGAGCCUCAUGGGACGCCUCCCUCAGCCCACUUUCUGGCAAGGCAGCGUCAGUAUAUUCCGUCAGUUUAUGCCACAAACUCAGCAAAGUUUAGAUGGGGUUCCAUCAGACAAUACCAACAACGAGAGAAACAUAAUCAACCUCAACAGACGCCGGCAUCACUUGCAUAACCACAACUUUAAUGAAUUGCACCGGCGAUAAGAACACGAACAGGGUUUCAAAUGAAUAUGGACAGAGUAACUGAUCUAUCUCAUGCUUUGGGAGCAUUGUUAUCACUACACAAGUCUAUAAGAGAGUGGUCUUGGCUUUGUAUUACAAUCAAAUCAUGACUUUCUUUCAGUGCCCGUGCAUUGCCUAUAGCUACGCAUACAUACAAUAUAGGGCAGAUUUAUCAAGGGUCAAAUUGAAAAUUCAAAUUUUCAAGUUUUUUUAUGGCCAAAAUUGUCAAAUUCAACUAGGGAAUUGCAAAUUUGAUUCAAGUUUAUUUUAAAAAGUAAAUUUUCGAGGUUUAUCAUAUACUGACCUUUUAAGAACCCAAAUUCAACUAUUCUCCACCUAAAACCUGCCAAACUGCUGUUUUAGUCAAUGGGAGACGUCCUGGGAUCAAUUUUGAGAUGUUUUCAGCCUUCCUGACAUUCAGGUUUUUUCGGAGAAAAAAAACGAAUCUUUUCGGGUCGAUCCUAUUUACCCGAGUUUAUGGGAGUUUUUAAAAACCGGAAAGAAGAAAAAUACUGGCUCUCAGGACUCAGGGGCACGCCACUUGGUCAGACAAAGUGGCGUGCCCCCGAAACAUUACUUUGCAAUAAACACGCAGGGCUUGACCCGCUUGCAUGGAGUCUUGAGUGCCGUUAUUUUUCUUCUUUCCAUGAUUAUUUGAGGGGGCCGAUCCCUCUUACUGAGCACCGGACCAAUAUUCCCCGAGAGGCCAGGGUGUGCUGGUGGUUUUUCUCUUGGAGUUUUUAAAAACUCACAUGAAUUCGAAGUUCGACCUUUAAUAAAUAGGUCUUGUUGUGUACAGUAUAGUGUAACAUGUAGACAAUAAUAUAUUUUUCUAAUAAACCAAAAAUCUUUAAAAUCCCCCUCCCACAAUGCCAGCAAAUUAUAAGUAUUUUUUUGUAAUCAUUAUGUUUGAAACUGCGUGUAAGGCUAAUGUCACGCCAGGCUAAAUUCCACAAAAGAUUAAAAGGGAUGCCAUAGUAUUUCUGCAGCCGCUGCAGGAGUCUGUAUGAUCAGUAGUUAUGUUCUAACAAAAGAUUCCUGCAGUGCCCCAUAAGGAAUUUGAAAGGUAAGCCAUCAGGUAGGAAUUAUUAUGAUUAUUAUAUUAUUAUUAUUAUUAUUAUAAUGCACACUCCAGCAGAUCUUGGAGAGUUAAAUGCUCCAUUAAAUGCAGAUGAUGAUGGGCCUGGUCAAUGCUGUGCCCCUCGCUGGGUGUAAAGCAAUUCUCCAUGCUGGGUGCUGCUGUUUAUUUAAAGGGGUUCAGAUUUGAGUUAACUGUUAGAAUGAUAUAGAGAGUGAUAUUCUGAGACUAUUUGCAAUCGAGGUUUUCCUUUUUUAUUAUUUGUGGUUUUUGUGUUAUUUAGCUUUUUAUUCAGUAGCUCUCCAAUUUUUUACAUUUUCAGCAAUCUGAUUUCAAUAAGUGACUGGAAUAUGAACAGAGAGGCCUGAAUAGAAAGCUUUUUAUUCAGCAGCUCCCCUGUUUGCAGUUUCAGUAAUUUGGUUGCUAGGGUCCAAGUUACCCUAGCAACCAUGCACUGAUAUAAAGAAGAGACUGGAAUAUAAAUAGGAGAGGCCUGAAUAGCAAGAUGAGUAAUACAUUUGUAGCUUUACAGAGCUUUUGUUUUUUUUUAGAUGGGGUCAGUGACCCUCAUUUGAAAGCUGGAAACAGUCAGAAGAAGAAGGCAAGUCAUUUAAAAAAAAAUAAAGAAUGAAGACCAACUGAAAAAUUGCUUAGAAUUAGCCAUUGUAUAAAAAACUAAAAGGUAACUUAAAGGCGAACCACCUUUUUAAUCACCCCUGGAGCGACAUUAGCCUACAGCUGAGGAUAUAGAUAGGUGCAUAUACAGUAUAUAUAUUUAUUUAUUCCCAUACCUUAGACAUGCUUUGCCAAAUGUAUUAAUUACCUGUUGUUAUUUAUUCAUUUGACUUGUUCCCAGUAAGCGUGUACCAUGGGCACUGCACAUCUAGACAUAACGAUUACACUCUUCAUAUCAACUGCCUUUUCUGCAAGCAGCCAAAUUCCAUCUUUCUUUUCUGGAGAGAAAAUGAGUCCGGUGCAUGGAACAGAAUUACUGACGCUCUUUCAUACACUUAGGGUAAGGCCACACAAGGAGAUUCGGGGUGAUUUUGUCGCCUGGCGACUAAUCGCCUCGUCUCAUUGAGGCAACUUUGGGCGACUAUUGAAAACGCAUCGCCGCGUGUGCAUUAGCGCAGGCGACUUUUCAUUAUAGCCUAUGGGGGAAAACGCUGAGGCAGUUCGGGGAGAUAGUCGCUCAAAAGACGAGGCGAUUAGUCACCAGACGACAAAAUCUCCUCGUGUGGACUAGCCCUUAGGCAUUUGUUGACAAGGUGCAAGCACUUUAUAUACUGUAACUCCCAGAGUGCAAUGGUGGAUGUUCUAGUUUAACAAGAGCUCGCUAGAUGCCGGCCUCACAUCCCCUGCAUGGAACACAUGUAUGUUUGCAGAUCAAUCCAAGAAGAAAUUGAGCUUCAUUACCUGUAUUUUAGGUUGUGCCUGCUGAACACAAGUAGAGUGUGUGCUCUGAUGGCAAGAGAUGACGUCUAAUGCAAUUGCCAUAGUAUUUACUUACAAUAGGCACCUUUAGCAAUCGGUUUAUAAUAAUGGAAAAAACACAACAUUCACACUGUUUGAAGUGACAUACACGUUUAUUUACAGGAUUGUUUGUUAUGUGUAGGAGUUACAUAUUCACCAGAGCCCUCCAUUACUAACAGAGUAUCUGCAUGGUAUUACGAUGCACAGUCUCAUUUAUUUUGCUGAGGAAAUUGACCUCACCCUCUUAAAUGUUGAUUUGUAGUUUAGCUGCCCUAAACCACAGGAGGGAAUCCAGGGGCUCUCCGGGUGAUAAAGCAUGGUGGGAAAUAUAGUCCGUGUUACAGGGCUAGUGAGUAGUGCUGCAAAGCUUACUACGCUGACACCAGUAUGAUACGGAAUCUCCCAUAACAUUGUAAAUGUGCAGUGGUAAUGACUGUCACGGAGAUUCAUGUUCUAAUAAUAAAUAAUAAAAUACUUUA